AUGCUUGUAGAUGUGGGCGUGGCGAGUGUGGGCGUGGCGAAUGUGGGCGUGGUGAGUGUGGGCGUGGGUAUGUCCUAUGUUCUUCCAUCCUUCCAGACUGUGUCCUAUGUUCUUCCAUCCUUCCAGGGUAUGGCCUAUGUUCAUCCAUCCUUCCAGGGUAUGUUCUAUGUUCAUCCAUCCUUCCAGGAUCCAGACGAAGAUUCAGAUCCAGACGAAGAUUCAGAUCCAGACGAAGAUUCAGAUCCUGACGAAGAUUCAGAUCCUGACGAAGAUUCAGAUCCUGACGAAGAUUCAGAUCCAGACGAAGAUUCAGAUCCAGACGAAGAUUCAGAUCCUGACGAAGAUUCAGAUCCUGACGAAGAUUCAGAUCCUGACGAAGAUUCAGAUCCAGACGAAGAUUCAGAUCCAGACGAAGAUUCAGAUCCUGACGAAGAUUCAGAUCCAGACGAAGAUUCAGAUCCUGACGAAGAUUCAGAUCCAGACGAAGAUUCAGAUCCAGACGAAGAUUCAGAUCCAGACGAAGAUUCAGAUCCAGACGAAGAUUCAGAUCCAGACGAAGAUUCAGAUCCAGACGAAGAUUCAGAUCCAGACGAAGAUUCAGAUCCAGACGAAGAUUCAGAUCCAGACGAAGAUUCAGAUUUCGGACGAAGACCCUGA